AAAAUACUCCAAUCAAUUGACAGUUUGUAAUCCACCCUGAAGCCUUUCGAUGGGCGGGCACAAAAUAAUUUUCUGAAGAGGAAAGAAGCCAUUUUCUUUUAUGUACACGUAGAACGACUGAGGCUCUAAAGACAUUUUUGCAAUAAAAUGGUUAAGAUUUUCAUCGGGAACCUUCCACGUGAGGCAAACGCAGAUGAAAUUCAGGCACUCUUUUCUCAGUACGGGGCAGUUACUGAGUGUGCCAUCAUCAAAAACUAUGCCUUUGUGCACAUGGAAGACCGUAAAACUGCCACAAAAGCCAUCCGCAAUCUGCAUCUCUACAAACUGCACGGCACGCCAAUAAAUGUGGAGGCCAGCCAUGGUAAAAACCAGGGACCUGUCAAGCUACAUGUGGCAAAUGUUGAGAAGGGCUGUGAUGAUGAACUCCGUGCUUUGUUUGAAGAAUAUGGCACUGUGACUGAAUGUACUGCCAUCAAGAACUUUGCCUUUGUGCACAUGGCAAACUCAGAGGAAGCAAUGGAUGCCAUCAAAGGCUUAGACAAUACUGAUUUUCAGGGAAAACGGAUUCAUGUGCAGAUCUCAAAGAGCCGACCAAGGGGUGAGGAGGAGGAAGAAUAUCCACACCACCCUCCUGAUAGGCCAGGUUUUUGGUACCCUCAGUUUGCUGGGGAUAGACCUGAGCCUGGUCCACCAGGUUACUACAGGGAUCGCUUUAGUCAUCCUGUGUCCCAUGGUUAUGCCCCUCCUCCACCCCCACCCCCCAGACAAGUUCCCUACCCUGAUCGUGAACGGGCUAACUGUGGGGUGGUGGAUUACUAUGAAAAGUACCGUGCUCGUCCAUAUGGCAUAACCUUGUAUGAGGAGCGACGGGUGAGCUCCAUACCACCUCCUCCCCCACCUCCUUCUAAUGCUGUAAGAGAGCGCCCACCAUCGUCUGCUCUUGACUCCUGUGAGCGUCACCCUGUGCCCCCUCCCCCCUCUUCAUACUUCUCAAGGGACCGCAGUCCCAUCCACAGGGGGCCUCCUGCUCCUUCUGCUACGGCUGGGAAUGGCUACUCGUAUGAGCGUUCCCGCCUCUCCCCUCUAUCCAUGUCCAGGACAUCAAUGUAUGGAAUGCCUCGUGCCAGGGAACCUGUUCCUCCACCACCACCUGCACGCUACUCAUACUAACCAUACAUCAGUGCGUAUUCAACAGGUUAAAAUUAUCAGUGACAAGAUCGUCGUCUCCUGGUGCACGUUGGUGCGAUACACCCCCUCGUCUGGCAGAUCGCGUUUUGUUUGCCUGUGGCUCUUAAAGAAGGAAUUAUAGUGCGGACAUCUCGUUCUCUAAAUCGCUUUUACACUCGUCUCAUUUUCGACUUUCCUGGCUUAAAAUGUAACCUUGCUUUGUUUUUUUUGUUUUGAUUGUUAAAAAAUUUUUUAUUUUGAGCCCUAGAAGGCUGUAAUCUAGGCUCUAAAGACUGUACAAGCCUGGAUCGUUAAUGAAUUUAAAUAAGACGUCUCACGUUAUUUUAAUUAAAUCACUGAAAUGUAUAACAUACAUUUUAUCUUUAGUCUGUACAAGAUCAUACUUCGGUUGAUAAAUUUAGAGCUUUGGUACAAUAGGGAAAAUAAAAUUGCUAUUCGCCACAGGAAGGUGCACAGUAUAGUUUUGAGAAAUGUUUGAGGCUGUAUAAUUAGUUUAAAAAAAUUCUUUCGUUUUCAUGUAAAGAAAAAAAAAUCAACCGAAACUUAUUUUUAUUUUGUUAAAUUACUAUCAGUUGUUAAAGGAAGGUACAUUUUUGCACUUUGCGUUUUUGUUAGCAUAGUAAUAAAACUUUAUCCAAA